AUGGCUUCCGAAGGCCCUGUUAAGAAAGCCUUUAUCACCGGUAUCACUGGCCAAGAUGGGUCCUACCUGACAGAGUUUCUUCUGUCGAAGGGCUACGAAGUCCACGGUAUCAUCCGGCGCUCCUCUAACUUCAACACCCAGCGCCUGGACCACAUCUACCGCGAUCCUCACGUCUCAUCGGCCAAGCUGAGACUCCACUAUGGUGAUCUGUCCGACGCUACUGCUCUCCGUCACUGGAUUGACCAGAUCAAGCCUGAUGAGGUUUUCAACCUCGGUGCUCAGUCCCACGUCGGCGUUUCUUUCGAGAACCCUGAGUACACCGCCGAUGUCGUCGGCACGGGAGCUCUUCGCCUCCUCGAGGCUGUUCGCAACCACAUUGAGAACUCCGGACGCUCCGUGAAGUACUACCAGGCCGGAUCUUCCGAAAUGUUCGGAGCUACACCGCCUCCUCAAGACGAGAAUACUCUCUUCCAUCCUCGCUCGCCGUACGCUGUCUCCAAGGUGGCUGCUCACUGGUACACCGUGAACUACCGCGAGGCUUACGGCAUGUUCGCGUGCAACGGCAUUCUCUUCAACCACGAGAGCCCGAGGCGUGGUGAGAACUUCGUGACGAGGAAGAUCACCCGCGCUGUCGGCCGCAUCAAGGUUGGCCUUCAAAAGAAGGUGUACCUCGGCAACCUCAAGGCUUCUCGUGAUUGGGGCUUCGCCGGCGACUAUGUCAAGGGCAUGUGGCUGAUGCUCCAGCAAGAGCAGGCUGACGACUACGUGCUGGCCACAGAAGAGUCGUUCACCGUCGAGCAAUUCCUCAUCGAGGCCUUCGGCUACGUCGGCCUGGACUGGAAGGAGCACGUCGAGAUCGACCCGCGCUACUUCCGCCCAUCCGAGGUGGACAACCUCCGCGGAUCCUCAGCCAAGGCUCGGGAAAAGCUUGGAUGGAAGCCCGAGGUGACGUUCAAGCAGCUGGUGGCGAUGAUGGUGGACUCGGAUCUCGAUAAGGCCAAGCGGGAGCAGGUGCUUGUAGAGAACGGCUUCUUGGAUAGCAACUUCCAGCCCUAG